UAGUGCAGCUCGCUGCGCCGUGACUCCACUCCAGCGCUGCAAAACACAGCACGGGCCGGGCUACUGACCCUGAAUAAAGACAAGCAACGCCAUCAAGAUGUCCGACAUGGAAGAUGAUUUCAUGUGUGACGACGAAGAAGAUUACGAUCUGGAAUACUCAGAGGACAGUAAUUCAGAGCCGAAUGUUGACUUGGAGAACCAGUACUACAACUCCAAAGCUCUGAAGGAGGAUGAUCCCAAAGCAGCUCUCAGCAGUUUCCAGAAGGUAUUGGAGCUGGAAGGAGAGAAGGGUGAAUGGGGAUUCAAAGCACUUAAACAGAUGAUCAAAAUCAACUUUAAGCUGACCAACUUUCCAGAGAUGAUGAACAGGUACAAGCAGCUCCUUACGUACAUCAGAAGUGCCGUCACUAGAAACUACUCAGAGAAGUCUAUUAACUCCAUUCUGGACUACAUAUCUACCUCCAAACAGAGUAAUACACUCUUACAGAUGGACUUGCUGCAGGAGUUCUAUGAAACUACACUGGAGGCUUUGAAAGAUGCCAAAAAUGACAGAUUGUGGUUUAAAACUAACACAAAGUUGGGAAAGCUGUAUUUGGAGAGAGAAGAGUAUGGGAAACUGCAAAAGAUCCUAAGGCAACUUCACCAAUCGUGUCAGACAGAUGAUGGAGAAGAUGACCUGAAGAAAGGCACACAGUUGCUGGAGAUCUACGCUUUAGAAAUCCAAAUGUACACUGCACAGAAAAACAACAAGAAGCUGAAAGCGUUGUAUGAGCAGUCCCUGCAUAUCAAAUCUGCCAUUCCUCAUCCACUCAUAAUGGGCGUUAUCAGAGAGUGUGGAGGGAAGAUGCAUCUGAGAGAGGGGGAGUUUGAAAAAGCCCACACAGAUUUCUUUGAGGCCUUUAAAAACUAUGAUGAGUCCGGAAGCCCAAGAAGGACAACAUGCCUGAAGUACCUGGUCUUAGCAAACAUGCUGAUGAAGUCAGGAAUAAACCCCUUUGACUCUCAAGAGGCCAAACCCUACAAAAAUGACCCAGAGAUCCUUGCGAUGACCAACUUAGUAAGCGCCUACCAGAACAAUGACAUCACGGAAUUUGAGAAAAUCUUGAAAACAAAUCACAGUAACAUAAUGGAUGACCCGUUCAUUAGAGAGCACAUAGAGGAGCUCCUGCGUAACAUUAGAACUCAAGUACUUAUCAAGCUCAUCAAACCAUACACAAGAAUACACAUCCCUUUCAUUUCUAAGGAGCUGAACAUUGAUGUGUGUGAUGUGGAGAGUUUGCUGGUGCAGUGCAUCUUGGAUAAUACCAUCCACGGACGAAUUGACCAGGUCAACCAGCUACUAGAACUGGACUACCAGAAAAGAGGAGGCGCCCGAUACACAGCUUUAGACAAAUGGACAAAUCAGCUCAAUUCCUUGAACCAAGCCAUUGUUAGCAAGCUCACAUGAUGGAAUAUUGAAUCAAGAGACAAGGAAAAAACGCAUGUUUGAAUACAUCCAUAAAAUGUUCUACUGUGCUUCUUCAAGUAUAUCUCCUCAGACAAGAUACACAGCACAGAUUUUAAGAAGGUUUCAUUUUCAAGAAGACUUCAAAAACCCCAAGAAUGUGUUCAGUGCUUUUUUUCUUUUCUUUUUUUUUCCUGUGUGUCCUGAUCAGAAGGAAAUCACUGACACUUGUUUUUGUUUUUCUUAUUUUUCUUUUAUGUGCAGCAAAUACUUCAGUUUGGAAGAAGAAUUUUCCAAAUGUGAACGCGUGUACACAGUAUUUUAUGUAUGCUGUUGGUAAUAAACAGAUCUCUCUGCACUAAAAGGACUGAGCCACAUUUGCCUUACCACAAGCUUUGAAAUUAAAAAUAUGCUGCAUUUUGAAGUAAAAUAGUAUCAGUUAAAUAUUAAAAAUCAGACGUCUAUAAUCCAGGUGCC